CAUGAUUAAAAUAUAUAAUGAAAACGAGGAAAGUUGCCUAGGCUCAGGGCCAAUCAGGUGAUUAAGUCAAGUAAUUAAUUUGAUUGGAAGUGUGACCCAGAUAAUUCGGGUCUAAUCUCAAACUUAAUAAUCAACCGUCACUCAAAAACAAAAUCUAUCGGCUCCCGAGUUCUGCGAAAUGCUAUCCAAAGGUAUUGGAACAAUGGCAGCAAGAUCUUUAUCCAUUGUUCACGUUCCAGCGUUUAAACCUAAAUGGGUUUUCUCUCCCUUGUCAUUUUGUUCUUCACCAUCCAAACCAAGGAAGCUGGUUCUCUACUCAAAGCCUGGCUGCUGUUUGUGCGAUGGCCUCAAAGAAAAACUUCACGCCGCCUUCUCACUUUCCGGCCCGGACCCCCUCCAUGACGUCGUUUUGCAGGUGAGGGAUAUUACCAGCAAUCCUGAGUGGGAGAAGGCUUAUCAAUAUGAGAUACCCGUUUUAGCCAAAGUGCUCUCUGAUGGCUCUGAGGAAAUACUACCUAGAUUAUCUCCUCGACUUGGGGUUGAACUUGUCCGUAAGAAGAUAGCAGCUGCUUUUAAACAGUAAGAGUGCUCUGUAAUUUUUUGUUAUGUGAUGGAAUGGAUACCGAAGUUCGUGUAGAACUACAAGGGAAAAUGAUUUUUGAUAUACAUCAUGUCAUUUUUAGUAUGUUUUUACUAGGUUUAAUCUAGCCGCCAUCACUGACGCUGUGGCUUUACUCCGAUAAACAAAUUUUUCUUUUCAUAUCUUUUGUGUAUCAUUAAUUCCAUGGAAACAAAAGCAGGCCACUUUAAGGUCUUGAAAGUGAUGAAAUGAAAAAUUGCAUUAAUCAUGGUUCUUUAAUGUCA